AUGAUGCGGACUCUCGUCACCGCCUUGGCCUGGGCCAAUGCUGCCCUGGCUCUCACAGUCACCUACAACUGGGAGGCUACUUGGGUGAACGCCGCUCCCCUCGGCGUCUCCAGACCUGUGAUCGGCAUCAACGGGCAAUGGCCUUGCCCCAAGAUCGAGGCCAGCGUCGGUGAUACCGUUGUCGUUCACCUUACCAACAAGCUCGGCAACCAGACCACCGGUAUUCACUUUCACGGCAUCAACCAGAUCAGUACCAACUCGAUGGAUGGCCCGAGCAUGGUCACCCAGUGCCCUCUGCCCCCCGACAUGACCAUGACUUACUCCUUCACUGCCGAUGAGGGUGGCACGUUCUGGUGGCACUCCCACAAUAUGGGCCAGUACCCCGACGGCAUGCGUGGCCCCUUGAUCAUUCAUGACCCCAAAGACCCCUACGCUGGCCAGUAUGAUGAGGAAUACAUCCUCUCCAUCUCAGACUGGUACAACGAUCAGACCAUUCCUUUGGCGCAGAAAAUGUUCCUUCCAAGCAACACCGUCUUUGCGCCACCGAUUCCAAACGGCCUUGUUGUAAACGACGGGUUGGGAGCCAACUUCCAGUUUGAGAAGGGCAAGACGUAUCGCAUUCGUAUGAUUAGCUACGCCGCGUUUGCCUCGUUCAUGGUUCACUUUGACUCUCACGACAUGAACGUAAUCGCGUCCGACUCGGCCUACGUGAAGAUGAAGACGGCUUACAUGUUGCGCGUCGCCCCUGCUCAGCGUUACGAUGUCCUGGUCAAGUGCAUUGAUCGUGACAACCGUAACUAUGGCUUCCUCAUUGCCAGCGACUACAACCGCGACUACACCAACCCGGCCUUCGACAAGACCUGGCCUCACAACUACACUGGUCAACUCGUCAUGUUCCCCGACAGGCCGUUCGGCACCGACGUCGUCAAGGAAUUCCGCCCCUCGGACGAUUCCGUCUUCGAGCCUUUUGGAGAUGUCGCCAUCCUCCCCCCCGCCACCAAGAUCUUGCUUUUCGACUGGGACUUCUGCUUGGACAAGAAUGGCAUCCCGCGCUCUUGCGUCAACGGGUCCCCGUACGUCAACCAAAAGGUGCCGACCCUGUACACCGCUGCCACCACGGGCGAGUACAACACGAACCCCGCCGUCUACGGCGCCGUACACCCCUUCGUCGCUCAGUACGGCGAAAUUGUCGAUAUCGUCGUCAACAACAAGGACCCCGCCAUUCACCCCUUCCACCUUCACGGCCACCACUUCCAGGUUGUUAGGCGACCCGCCACCAACACGGGCGACUGGCCCGGCGUUGAACGCGCCCGCCUCAACCAGAAGCCUCCGCGCCGCGAUACCGUCUCCGUCAUGGGCAAGUCGCACGUCGUCCUCCGCUUCGAGGCUACCAACCCGGGUGUCUACCUCUUCCACUGCCACAUUGAGUGGCACGUCGAGAUGGGUCUCACCGCCACCAUCAUCGAAGCCCCCGAGAGGCUUCGCAACCUCACCAUCCCCCAGGACCACCAGGCCGCCUGCCGAGCCCAGGGCAUCCCGACUUCUGGUAAUGCCGCUGGUAACACUGCAGACCCUCUUGACCAGGCUGGCAUGAACCUCGAGCCGCCCCCGACCUACGUCGGUGCCACCUGGGAUCCUACCGCCGGGCCUCCUGCCGUCGGGCCUCCUGCCAAGCUCCGCUCGCGCGUCGUCCGCAACCGUCUCUAG